CUUUGAUGUCAAAACCAGCAACAUCAACUACUUUUGGGUCAAAACCAGCACCAGCAACUACUUUUGGGUCAAAACCAGCAACAUCAACUACUUUGAUGUCAAAACCAGCAACAUCAACUACUUUGAUGUCAAAACCAGCAACAUCAACUACUUUGAUGUCAAAACCAGCACCAGCAACUACUUUGAUAUCGAAACCAGCAACAACAACUACUUUUGGGUCAGCACCAGCAACAGCAACUACUUUUGGGUCAGCACCAGCACCAGCAACUACUUUUGGAUCAACAGCAAUAACAGCCACAUCUGUAUCAGCAGUAAGCAGUGGAUUCAGCUUCGCAUCACCUACUGUCGGAACCAGCAUCCCCUCACAAACAUGUGAAUUUGGUGGUGAUACAGGAAAAGAGAGCAUUCAGACAAAAGGAAAUAUCAAAAAGGGAGUGCGGAAGAUGAAAAGAUAAAGACAAACUCAAAGCUAUAAAUGUCAAUCCCCCCGAGUUUCCAAUUUUUUAAUUGGAAAUAAAAAAGACGUCACCGUGAUCUUAGUUUUUUUAGCAACGGAAACUCAACAAGUAUCUGGAAAUCAGUAAAACUGUGAAGCUUGAAGCUUGAA